AGGCGUGCUGCGCUGUGGCCGGCUAGGAGAGGCCCGCGUGCGCGGAGGUGACUGGCGGCCGGACAGCAGCUUUUGGCUGCCUUCAGGGUAUGAUACUAGUUAAAAUGAUUCAGGGUAGGAAGCAGUAUCAAUGCUUCAGGAUAGAAGAAUGACCAGCACUGACCCUUUCUCUGAACUAGUACAGCUUUCUUCUUGAACCAUUUGCCAUGGAUGUUAACAGAAAGUUCUCCAGACUUAAUCCUGAAGUGGAGCUGUUCUCAGAUCUGUGGUAGGUUUUCCCAGUUGAUUGCGGGGGAACAAGCUGCUGAUGCUGCCUGUACUUGAGGAUGACCUCUUGGAUGUUUGAGAAGUUUUGAUUUGCAUUGGAAGACUCUACAAAACAGAUUCGACAUCUAGAAAAAUGGAUGAUGAUGGUGAUGACAUUCCCCAGCUUUCAUCCCAUACAUUGGCUGCCCUCCAGGAGUUCUAUUUGGAACAGCAGCAGAGGGAGGGCAUGAAGACCUCCCAAGGGUUUAAUCAAUAUUCCAUUGGCUCAAUAGAAGAAGACUGGCAACUAAGCCAAUUUUGGUACAGUGAUGAAACCGCAUCACGCCUGGCUGAUGAAGCAGUUGUGGCAGCUGGGAAAGGUGGCAGGAUAGCAUGUGUUAGUGCACCCAGUGUAUACCAGAAACUGAAAGAACAGGAUGGUAAAGAUUUUUCAGUCUGUAUACUGGAGUAUGACAGAAGGUUUUCCGUAUAUGGAGAAGAAUUUAUCUUCUAUGAUUACAACCACCCUUUGAACUUACCUGAAAAUCUCCUGCCACACAGUUUUGAUAUCGUUAUAGCAGAUCCACCCUAUCUGUCUGAGGAAUGUCUUCAGAAAACUGCAGAGACCAUUAAAUAUUUAACCAAAGGAAAGAUUCUGCUUUGCACAGGUGCAAUCAUGGAGGAACAGGCAGCAAAGAAUCUUGGUGUGAAGAUUUGCAAGUUUAUUCCAAAACAUGCACGAAAUUUAGCCAAUGAAUUUCGGUGUUACGUGAAUUAUGUUUCUGGGCUGGAUUAAGCCUCCUGAGAAGGUCUACAGAUUCUUCAGUCAUGCUCCUUUCUGUUUUUUAGCAGGGACUCCGUAUUUCUCAAUGCUGAAAUACUCAGCUCCAAGUACUGUUUUCUGGGCCAGCUUUAAUCAUGGUCACCUCUCUCUUUUAAAUGUGUUUUGUAUCUUACUAUUUUUGGUAAAUGGGGACCAAACAGUGCAGGUGCUAGACAAUGGAAGCUUCUCUUUUAGAGGUUCAUUCUAACUGUCAGGUUUUACCAUUCAAGGACUCUUCAGUGACCCCUGCAAAGUGAUUUUAGCUGGUUGGUGUAUAACAAUACACAGGUGCUUGCCUCACAGACACCAGAGUCAUCACUGCAUCAGAACUGGUGACUUCCUAGCUAGUGGAUGGUUGAAAGAGCAUGACCAGCGGUCUCCUUUCAAUCUUGAGAGAUGCUCCCUGAGUAAAAGGCUCAAGACAUGUUUGUUCUGAAUGUGUCAUGUGUUUUCAGAUUCAUUACCCAGCAGGCUGAUGUUUUUAUAAAGGAUAACUGGAAGAGAAAAUAGGUCUCCUUCUGGAGAGGCCUCUCCAGUUGCUUUUAAUAAUCAUCAGAACUACCUAGCAGUUGCCAAGUAAGAUAAGAAUUACUCUCUCACUAUUGUUGCCAGACUGGCUUUUUAAAAUAUUGUGGUUAUUAUUUCACCUUGCUUUGUCACAAACCCAGACUUUCUUUUUGUGAAAAGAUCUAUUUUGUCAUCACUUACACCAUACAAACUCAUGUAUAUAUGCAUGCUGUGUUAAGUUGUUACACAUCUCCUUGCAGAAGUACAGUGUCUUUUAAACUUUAAAAACUCCCGCACAACUGGGCUGUUCUAUUAACUAGUUAAGGUUAUCUCCUGAGGUUGUAUAAACCAAAUGUCUCCUGGAAAAAAGCACAGUAAGGAUUUCCCCAUUAGAGAGAGCUUUACUGGCAUUAAGAAUCCUAUACAUUGGUCAGGCCAAAUGAACUGGAAUAUGAACUAAUUGCUAAAUAAAAAUGCAACAUGUGAGCCAGUCCUUGCA